GGGAGAAGAGCCUGAGACAGAAACCGGCACCCCGGAUCGUCUUCCAGGCGGGCCCCGUUUCGCAGGAGAAGAAAGUCAAAGACGACAUGGAAAGCAUAGAAGGCUUCAAGGAACGGCACAAAAUCCGGCACUCCAAGAGGCUUUCUGGAUUUAUCCCGAUAAACUACUCGGAAGAGAAUUCCAGGCAGCAGGAGAAUACCGAGGUCCAAAAUGGUUGUGACUAUCGACCAGCAAGAAGGAUGCCAGAGUAUCAGGACGGGAAAGGCUUUGGAAUCGGGGAACUGGUCUGGGGGAAGAUCAAAGGCUUCUCUUGGUGGCCGGCUAUCGUGGUGUCCUGGAGGACCAAUUCCAACCGCCAGGCGGCCCCCGGCAUGCGCUGGGUGAAAUGGUUUGGGGAUGGAAAGUUUUCGGAGAUCUCCACUGACAAACUGGUGGGGCUGGUAUAUUUCCGGGAACAUUUCAACCCCACCACGUUUCAGAAGUUGGUAUCCUACCGACAAUCCAUUCUCCACGUUUUGGAGGUUGCAAGCAGCCGAGCGGAGAAGACCUUCUCCACCGUUACCGGGGAAUCUCUGGAGGAGAAACUGAAGCCCAUGAUGGACUGGGCCAACCAGGGAUUCAAGCCCACGGGAGAGAAGGGGCUAAGACCCCCCAAGACAUUAGGUAAGACCCCCCCACCCCCCACCCCGCCCCGGGCUUCCCCAGACUCGAGCCCCCCAGAUCCUGCGCCGCCACCCAAGCGACCUAAGACCAAUGGGUCUAGCAGUACCAACAGUAAGGAGACACCCGAGAACCGAUCCAGAGAACGGAUGGUUUCUGAAGCCAAAAAUAACAAAACUUGCUUGGAAGACAGCUGCCUGUCCUGUGGGAAGAAGAACCCGGUGACUGACCACCCACUCUUUGAAGGGGGACUUUGCAGGACGUGCCAGGAUCGCUUUCUGGAACUUUUCUACAUGUAUGAUGAUGAUGGAUACCAGACGUACUGCACCAUCUGCUGUGAAGGCAGCGAGUUACUUCUUUGUGACAGUGCCAGUUGUUUCAGCUGCUUUUGCGUUGACUGUUUGAACACCUUGGUGGGACGGGGGACGGCAGAAGCUGCCCGGAAGGAAGAGCCGUGGAACUGCUACAUGUGCCGGCCGCAACAGCGUUACGGCGUCCUGCUCCGACGACGGGAUUGGAAUACGCGCCUGAAGGAGUUUUUCACCAACGAGGAAGGGCAGGAAUACAAGGCACCCAAAAUCUACCCUGCCAUCCCAGCCACAAAACGGAAGGCCAUCCGAGUGUUGUCUCUCUUCGACGGCAUCGCUACAGGUUACCUGGUCCUGCGGGAUCUUGGCAUCAAGGUGGAGAAAUAUAUCGCCUCGGAGAUCUGCGAAGACUCGAUCUCGGUGGGGACAGUGCGGCAUGAAGGAAACAUCAGAUAUGUGCAUGACGUUAGGAACAUCACCAAGAGACACAUUGACGAAUGGGGCCCCUUCGAUCUGGUGAUCGGCGGAAGUCCCUGCAACGACCUCUCCAUCGUAAAUCCCGCCAGAAAAGGUUUGUAUGAAGGGACCGGCCGCCUCUUCUUCGAGUUCUACCACCUCCUGAAUUACACCCGUCCCAAAAUCGGAGAAGAUCGCCCGUUCUUUUGGCUCUUCGAAAACGUGGUUUCCAUGCGAGUCAACGACAAGAGGGACAUCUCCCGUUUUCUGGAGUGUAAUCCGGUGAUGAUUGAUGCAGUCAAAGUAUCUGCUGCACACAGAGCCAGAUAUUUUUGGGGUAACCUGCCCGGGAUGAACAGGAUCUUUGGCUUCCCUCUCCACUACACCGACGUGUCCAACAUGGGUCGUCACGCACGUCAGAAGCUGCUUGGGAGGUCGUGGAGUGUCCCGGUUAUCCGUCACCUCUUUGCCCCCCUGAAGGAUUAUUUUUCCUGCGAUUAGGCCGCAGGGAUCCUGCGGUCUCCUGGGUGGAAGGAGAAGAGCCAAGACCUGCCCCCCUCCUUGACCGCCCCCCCAGUUA